CCACACCCCUCCCAACACUCCCCCCCAAACGAGCAUUCAAGAUGUCGUUCGCGUGGAAAGCCGCUGGCAUUACCUACAACCGCUACCUGGCCGUCGCGGGCCGCGUCGUGCGCCGAAGCCUGAAGGACGAUAAGAGACUUGUAGCUGAGCGUCGGGGAGAGAUGGAGCUGCGGUUCUCCAAGUGGGAGAACGGCAAGCAGGGCGAUGCCAAGAACCUGGCGCAGGCGAACGCUUCUGCUAUGGCUGAGUCGGCUGGAUCAUCCUCGUAAUACAUAUCACAACGAAGGCGGACUUCUGGGUGGGAAAACCAGGCUGUUGAUGGAGUGCGACAUGAAGUAAGGUGGAGCAGAGGUCUCUCAGCAACGGUCGGAAUAGAAUGCCCGAGGAUGGUGAACAAGAAUCAUUAGAGAAGACAAGCCAAUCGACAACACCAAAGGUCGA